AUGUGUCAUAUGAACCAUACAACGUUUGCAAAAUUCAUUCUUUUGGGAUUUCCAAACUUCCAGGUCUACAACCCUUUACUAUUUGUUAUCUUCCUUUUUAUUUACAUCUUAACGUUAGCUGGGAACCUACUGAUUAUUAUAUUGGUAUGUAAAAGUCAAAGCUUGAGAACCCCUAUGUACUUUUUCCUUACACAACUAUCCAUGUCAGACAUUUUGAUAACUACCAAUAUAAGCCCUAACAUGCUACGCCUCGUUUUGAAUGGAGGUGGUAUCAUGCAUGUAAGCGUAUGUAUUACACAAUUUUAUGUCUAUGGUUCCUCAGCCACUGUAGCGUGUCUCUUUCUUACAGUGAUGUCAUAUGACAGAUAUUUAGCAAUUUGCAAACCACUUCAUUACAGCUCUAUUAUGGACACCAGACUACGUUACAACCUAGUUUUUUGGUCUUGGGCUUUAGCAUUUAUGGUAACAUUCUUCAUAGUUCUACUUAUAUGUAAUUUAAAGUUUUGUGGUAGCCGUGUCAUUGACCAUUAUUUCUGUGAUCUCACUCCUCUUUUGGAGUUGUCCUGUUCAGACCAUUCCAUUGUGGAAAUAGUUGACUUUAUUUUAGCUAUACCUUUCACUCUUUUUCCAUUUGUAUUCAUAAUUUACACAUAUGUCUGCAUUUUUCUCACUAUCCUUGGAAUCACAUCUACCAUUGGAAGACAGAAAGCCUUCUCCACAUGCAGCUCUCACUUGAUUGUGGUGAGUAUGUAUUAUGGAACACUAAUAAUUGUUUAUAUGAUACCAUCUAAAGGAUACACAUUUAAUUUGAAUAAAAUAAUAUCCCUGCUGUACACAAUGGGGACUCCAUUCUUUAACCCAAUUAUAUACAGUCUUAGAAAUAAAGACAUCAAGAUGGCUCUGAUGAAGUGCACCUCUUGGUGCAAAAGGCUAUAG